AUGGCUACACCACCACCCGUAUCUACUAUUAGAUCUACUGAUCUAUCAUUACAAAAUGAUGAGAUUCAAACUGAUGAUAAUGUAUCAACCCCAUCAUCAUUAUUACAAUCAGCUGAACGUCUUAUUGCACCAAUUCAAACACCAUUACCAGCUGGAACACCUGUUCAACAACAACCAACGGGUGGAUUUACUUCAACAUUUAAUUCAGCAAAUCCAACAUUUGCUGUAUUAAAAGCAACAGCACUUCAACAAGCUUUAGGACAUCCAAUGGCAUAUGCACGUGCAUUAAUGCAGAUGGGUUAUGAACCAUUACCUGCAGCUCGAGGAAAAACUUUAUUUGGAAAAGAAGCUAUAUUUUAUCCAAAUGUGUUCCGUUAUUUAAAAUAUAUUUAUAAUAUUGAUGGUUUUACUGGUUUAUAUCGUGGAUUUGGUUGUUCACUUUUAUCUAAAAUGGUUUGUUGGUAUACAACAACAAAAGUUGAUCAACUUCUUGGUCCAGUUGAACCUGUUGUACCAAAUGAUCAAACAAAAGUAACAUGGGAUAAAUGUAUAAAGAAAACUGUAAGAGAAGUACGAUGUCAAUCAUGGGGAAUAUUAAUUUCACAUCCAUUUCAAGUUAUGGCAAUAAGAUGUAUGGGACAAUUUAUCGGUCGUGAAAAAGCUUAUUCAUCAAUCAAUAUUUUUCAAAAUUUUCAAGAAAUUUAUGAUCGACAAGGAAUUGGCGGAUUUUUUGUUGGGCUUAUUCCUCGGUGGUUAUUGGAAAUAGCAACAAUUGUUAUAUCAAAUGUUCUUAUUCAUAUGCUUAAAACACAAUUACCAUCACAAACUGAAAUGGUGCCAAUGUAUGAAUAUAUGGCUGCUUUUGUUGCUCAAACUGUUACUUAUCCAUUAAGUGUUGUAACAACAGUAACAGCAAUAAAUCGAAGUGGUCUUCGAGCUGGUAUGGUACCUAUAACACCUAUUUAUGCUAAUUGGCAAGAUGCAUAUAAUAAAUUAGGCAGAAGUGAACAAUUAAAACGAGGUUCUGGCUUUUUCAAUCGUGCUGCUUUUGGAACUGUUGGUAUUCCUACACCUGGCACACCAAUCCCGAAUGCUUAG